CCCCGCAGGCUCCCGUGCCUAGGAGGCGCCCGAGGUUCCGUGAGGCCGGCGGCCCAGCCCCGCGGAGGAGGGAGAACAGGAGGCCCCAGUCCGGGCGGAGCCGAAGCUCUUCCUGUGCCAGGUUUCCGGCUCCGGGUCCCGGAAGGAGGACCGUCGGGGGCCAUAGGCGGAGCCGCAGCCGCUGCCGCGACUUUCAGACUCGAACCAUGGCUUCAUGCUGGGGGCGGUGGCGGCGCUGCUGCUCCUGGAGGCCGCCCCCGCGGAGCCCAGGGCCCGGCGCCCCGGGCCGUGCGGGGUCGUCUUGGACGCGCCCCUCGGCGGGUGCCGGCACGAAGAUGCCCUAUUUUAAUCUUGUGAAGAGUUUAACAUCUGCCUUUCCAAAUGUGUAUAGGAUAUCACAGUUUCAUCAUACAACACCAGCAGUGUGCUGUCGCAGUAAAACACGGAGUGGUGAGAAGUACACCGAUCCAUUUAAACUUGGCUGGAGAGACUUGAAAGGUCUUUAUGAGGACAUUAGAAAGGAAUUACUCAUAUCUACAGCAGAACUUAAGGAAAUGACUGAGUACUACUUUGAUGGAAAAGGAAAAGCCUUUCGACCAGUUAUUGUGGUGCUAAUGGCUCGAGCGUGUAAUAUUCAUCAUAAUAACUCCCGAGAUGUGCGAGCAAGCCAGCGCUCCGUAGCCUUAAUUGCAGAAAUGAUCCACACUGCUAGUCUGGUUCAUGAUGAUGUUAUUGAUGAUGCAAGCUCUCGAAGAGGAAAGCACACAGUUAAUAAGAUCUGGGGGGAGAAGAAGGCUGUUCUUGCUGGAGAUUUAAUUCUUUCUGCAGCAUCUAUAGCUUUGGCACGAAUUGGAAAUACAACAGUUAUAUCUAUUUUAACCCAAGUUAUUGAAGAUUUGGUGCGUGGUGAAUUUCUUCAGCUAGGGUCAAAAGAAAAUGAGAAUGAAAGAUUUGCCCACUACCUUGAAAAGACCUUCAAGAAGACUGCAAGUCUGAUAGCCAACAGUUGUAAAGCAGUCUCUGUUUUAGGAUGCCCUGACCCAGUGGUGCAUGAGAUUGCCUAUCAAUACGGAAAGAAUGUAGGAAUAGCUUUUCAGCUAAUAGAUGACGUAUUAGACUUCACCUCGUGUUCUCACCAGAUGGGCAAACCAACAUCAACUGACCUGAAGCUCGGGUUAGCCACUGGCCCUGUCUUAUUUGCUUGUCAGCAGUUCCCAGAAAUGAAUGCUAUGAUAAUGAGACGGUUCAGUUUGCCAGGAGAUGUGGACAGAGCUCGACAAUAUGUAUUACAGAGUGAUGGUGUGCAACAGACAACCUACCUCGCCCAGCGCUACUGCCAUGAAGCAGUAAGAGAGAUCAGUAAACUUCGACCAUCCCCAGAAAGAGAUGCCCUCAUUCAACUUUCAGAAAUUGUACUCACAAGAGAUAAAUGACAACUCUUUCUGUUCUUUCUGGCAGCUAUUUUACCAGACUGUGCCUAAAGAAUUUUGUCAAAUACACUUUGUUUGCUUCACGUGCAGAUAACCAAAAAUCAUUUUAAAAAAUCGUUUCAACCGUACUGGUUGGCAGUUUUGUUUUUUUUUUUUAAAUUGGCAAAGUUUUUCAGAAAACUUUUUAAACUAAAUUAUAUUGAAGAAAGCCAUAACUAUGUAAUUAAACUGUCUGAAUCUGUCAUUCUCAUCCCGUAAAUUCUAAUCGAGGUAUCAUGGUGGUUAUAUGUGGUAUUGUUUACAGUGUUGAUAUCCACAUGUCAAGCCAUUACACAAAUAAACAAUCAAUGUUGAAAUUCGGAUGGUUUGUCUUGUUUCACCUUUACUGACAAGGUAAAGGGAGCCCAGGAGUGAAGGUCAGGGAAUUGUGAAGUCUACAGUUAAGUCCACAUUAGUUAGAUUUUUAACAGUAUCCAAAAUUUAUAUAGGAGAAUGGUUUAUUACAAAAGACUGUGUAUAAAAUUUAGACAACAGUUAUAUACAAAUUAAGAAAACAUUCCACUUGAAAAAUGAAAAGCAGAAGGUAACUAGCUGAUAGCUAAAGAUACUGAAAUCGUGUUUAAAAUUAACAAAAGUACAAUGCAUAUGAAACAGUCACAUUGGUUUGGUAGCAAUCAUGGUCUUUAAUUUUCAGAAAUAAAUGUUUUCCACUAUUCUUAACCAUUCACUGUGCUGUUAGAAGUCUGUAUUGCCCAGUACAUAACCGUAGUUUGAAAUCCAAACAAACCGUCAAUACACAGAAACCCAGACUUGAGUGCUCUAAUGCCCUAAAGCAAUAUAGAAUCAUACACAAGGUAAGAGAAAAUACCCUCUAACCCUCCCGUAAAUUAAGAGGAGACACACGAAGUGCAUGUGUUGCAUUUCAAUUAUGUCAAGAGACAAUACUAAUCUGUUGGUUAAGUAUAUUCCUGUUCACUGAUUAAUGACUCACCUUCUUUGCCAACUAUUUUAUUUUAAAAUCUUUAUAUUGCUACUGCCAGAUAAAGGGUUCGAUAGUGCCUAUUCAAAAAUUAAUUGCAUCCACUUUUACAAAAGUAAUAUGUAAAAGAUACUUAUAAUUUCCUUUCAUUGAACCAAUAUACAAGAGUCUGCUGUAAAACUAAAGGAUUGAUCUUAACAAUCCUUAAGAAUUUUACCUAAAGAAUAAAUGUGCACAUUAUGACACAUUUUCUUAGCUUUGAAAAAGUUACUUUAGAAAAGGAAUUCAGUAAACUGACUUGUAAAUAACCAUCUCUGAUUUCAAAUCUGCAAUGAUCAGUCACAUUGCUGUCGGGACAGAUUGAGAUAAGGCUAAAUUUUUUCUUAAGUCAAUAUAUUGAGAAAAUAUAACCGUAAUUCUCCAAUAAAUCAGCAUCUUUUUUUUUUUUUUUUUUAAAGCAAA